AUGUCCAAUUUUGAUGAGGUCAACGACUAUGUCAGCUGCACCUAUCACUACCACGUCAAUGCUAGGCAGGAUAUGAACUCAAUGCCGCCGCUUAUCAAUCCCCGCAUCCCGCGGGCGCUGUCACAUCAAGCGAGAGUUGCUGGAAAAAGAUUGGCAGAGGCCCGGUGUAACCAGAUCGUGGCUCCCUGGGACGCGACGUGCCCGCCGGUUCGUGUGGAAGACUGGAGCACUCCCAUGAGAAUUCAAACCGCGCCGGUGAUUGUAGUGGACAGUGCCGGCCGUAUAAUUCUCUGGUACCUACCCAAUGUGCUGAGCACUGAAUACGAGGACCUCAUGUGGAACGAGACGGCGGGCAUAAAUAAUCUGUUCCGGGCCAAUCCCCCAAAUCCUAGGCCGGGAACGUCGUGGAGAAACCAGGCCCGGAACUUUCUACCACAACAGCCUGAUCACAGUCUGCAUCCGGGGUGUAUCUCCAUGUCGCCGGGAUGGUUUCAGCGGGGACAGACGGGUGGGGGCAGGAUGCCGGAGGUGUUGAUGACGCUCAAAUCAGCUCAGUCGACAGGGCACCAGUGGCUCCGCUCGCUGUGUGAACCGCACCUGGUCAUCUCCGCUAUGACACAGAUCAUGAAUCCCGUCCUCUAUCAAAGCGGCUUCUUAUCAAC